CCCCUCCCCAGCCCUCCAUGCAUCUUAUAUAUGAUAUAAACUUCAUCCAUUUCCAUAGAAUUAACGUACAAAAAACAGAAAAGUUUGAAUUAUAUUUAUAUACUAGUGAAAAAUAAUUGUGCAAGCUAAGGUUCAAAUUUCUUUCAAUCUUGGAUCAGAUAUUCAGAUCGAUAAUGGCAGCUCCAUUAGGCUGUUUCCCCGGCGGUGUUUCUCCUCCUGGUUUUCCGUCGAGUGGAAACCUUAUUUCUAAGCCCAUAAACACUUCAAAAAGCUUUCUCUUCCCAAAUGGUGUCGGAAGUUACUUCAAUCUUUGCUCUUCUUCACUUGUUGAAACUGCCAAAAGUUUGGACAGUAGUCAUCAUGCUUUACGCCCUGUACCUAAGAGAGGUAUUGUUGCAUGCAUUGGCGGGGGAGCUGGUAUCGAACCUGUUGCUGGAUCUUUCCUCGACCCCAAUCCCAUAAAGGGUUGGCUGAUAGGGAUUUUGCUAUCUGCGGUUAUUCCAUUUUUCCGUCACAAAUUUGGGUCUCUUAUGCAAAUCAGAAGUGAGAUUUACUUUGUAUUUGCGGUUUUAAUCAUACAUAAUUCUAUAGAACAGGUGGAAGAAGUGGUCCACGGCUUAGAGAAGGUGGCGGAGGUGGUGGACAAAGUGGCCGAAGAAAUAGGCGGGACUCUUCCGGACGGAAGUUUGAAAGAAGCGGUGGCGAUGGUGGAACGUGCGGCUGAGAAAGCCGAUAAGAGCGCCGAGAACUUGGGAGAGUUAAUCGAUAAGGUGGAAGAAUUGGGAGAGAAGGUGGAGGAGCGCGUUGAGUCGUUGGUGGCAUUGGCGCGCCACCAAGCUAAAGAACAUACUCCUAACAAAAGUGCUAGAGUGGAAAAUUCAUAAAUGAAAUUUAUACGUAGUAUUUUCGCAAGAAAACAUCAAAUUAAAUACUCAUUCCUUCGAAAUAUUUUUAUUUAUGUUUUUUCAUCUCAACAUUGAAUUUGUGUCAUAUAUAUACUUGAUCAUAUGCAUAUCUUAAUGG